AUGGACGGCGCACUGAUCCUGUCAAACGAGCAGGCAGCUCUCGUGAAGCAGAUCAAUGCCUUUUUGGGCAUCAACAAAGCAGAGAUUCGUGGUGUUUGGCUGUCUUUGGAAGCCACAAUGCAGAUUCCGCGGGCACGCGGCACAUCAUUUCAGAACUAUGCGUUCAGCCAAAUCUCAUACGGUCGGUACUGCUUGCUCCUGUGGACCUAUGCAGCUCGGGCAGCCAUCGCAGGAUGGCUCUUGGUAGCUGGUGUCCUGUGGCUCGCCCGCACCACUUCAAUCACGGAACUCAUGCUCAACGCAGUUGCGCUCAAUGCCAUUCUGGAUGUUGACGAGUUCCUGUUUUCCUGCUUGACUCCCAUCAAAAUCCAGCAUGUCAUACAGACUCUAGAUCCGAUACAGGUCAAGUACAGCCGUCGACGCAGUCAAUGCGAAACGGUUGCACAUUUUACCUUUAUCUCAGCUGUCGUGCUGCUGGCCUAUUUCUUGUUGGUAGGCCCCUUGACUGACACGAUGCUAGAGGUCAAGAGAGAGCUGUGUGGCGGCAACCAGUCCUUCGUAGUGACCUACAAUCGAGAUACGCAGUUGACAUAUGGGCUUGUGACAAACAAAGCAGCGGCAAGGAACGACGGCCAGCUUUCGACCAGCGAGCUUGCCGUGAAGAGGCACAUUGACAUCCGAGGAGAGAUGACGCCGGGGGAAGUCUCAGACUACAUCCUCUUCGCCCCCAGUCGCCGGAGCUUCGAAGAAGACCGAACACGCAGUAUGAGUGGGGAGGCGUCAAACUGGCCCUUCUGCAUUGAAACAAAGCUGCUGACGGAGGGGGCCUUGUUGAACGGGGAUGCCAAUCUGCAGCCUGCCGCAGAAGUGAUGCUACGAAAUGCUGGCUUGGCACUGGGUUAUGACUUGGUGUCAGACUGUGCCCAGCUCAGCCACAUGUGUGACAGGCCCAACGCCGGCUUGCUACGGCUGGUCUGCGGUGAGACAUGUGGAUGCACCGAUGCAGUUUCUUCACCUUUCUACAAGGUGCCUGCGCAAGGGUGCAGUCAGGCAUGUUUGCAAGAUGCAGAGGAAAAGCUUGCGAACCUCACAUGUGAGAACAAUGAGACAGGCAGAAAUUGGGACACCUUCUGGAACACGUACGAAACCGCCCUGACAGGAUACUAUGGAGAAGAAGUGACGCAGACAUCACUUUGGUACAUGGUGAAUGCUACCGUCCAGGGUAUGCUGUCUCAUGGUUGUGGCUAUCUUGAGGUGGAGCCCCAGGACUUUGUGACCGGGGUAAAUUGGUGUGAGGGAAUGCCAGACUUGUUUAAGCCCCUGGCCCAGAUUUGUCCGCAGACAUGCGGCUGUGAUGGUUUUGCUGCAGAAGAGUUGCCCAGCUAUUGCCCACCAAGAUGUGGCGCCUGA